AUGGACCACGAUCCAGACAUAGCGCUCCCGUCUGUUGAGACAAGGGAGCAAACAGGUACCAGUCUGUCCGGUGCCAGUACAAUCACAUCUCGAAGUGAAAGGUUCCGAGAGGUGAGCAGGAGUGAAAGCCUUCCGCCCAGAGCAGUCGACACGUCGCCCUUACGCACACAGUUCAGAACCCCACGCACCACAAAAUCCUCUCCUGCCCGUUCGCCUGUCUCUCGUUCAUCCUCCGUCGCGUCUAUACGGCAUGAUCGAUCUUCUACUCCCAAACUGGAUAAGAAACGAUCCGUCCCGAACCUGCCUACACGAAGUUUAACUCCAGCCCACCAACCACAGUUCCGAAGAGCCUCGUCCAAUCUCAAUCCUGCCACAACUCUACGCCCUAAGGCCAUGGAGAAGCCUCCGAUGACCCCAGCGUCUGUCGCAAAAGAAUACUUUGAAAGAGAACUACAAUCACAUUCCAGGACAACCUCAGAAGUAGUCGUCUUCACCCACGAUGCCUGCUAUGGACACCGCUUCUCACGACCCCGCGCCACCAAGAGUAUGCUAGGCUCAAUCGUCGAACGUCCUGAACGUAUUCGAGCCACAUUACUUGGAGCCAGUACAGCAUACGUCCGACUCGGCGCAAGGCACAAGGACGGAACGAAUGUGCCUCACCCCGAUCGAGAGCCCGUUGCGCCUCCUUUCACUCUAUUCAGAACGCAUCGUUCAAUUCCACUGAAUCACCCUGCCGUGACAGCCGUACAUGGUAAUAAGUGGAUGGAAUCCCUUCAACUCAUGUGCGACACCGCAGAGGCUAAGCUGGCUAUGGGUCAGAAAGAGCUAGCCAGACCAAUUGGACACACCAAGGACUCGAAAGGAAACACUUUGCCUCCUCUCCAUUCUGGUGAUCUGUAUCUCGCAUCUGAGUCUCUGGCUGCUCUUCAGGGCUGUCUAGGUGGCGUUUGCGAUGCAGUCGAUACAGUGUUCCAGGAAGAUAUCCUCGCCAGGAGAGCCUUCGUAUGUAUACGGCCUCCUGGUCAUCACUGCUCAGCUGAAAUGCCCUCUGGCUUCUGUUGGUUGAACAAUGUCCAUGUUGGUGUUGCUUAUGCUGCCAUGAACCACGGCUUAACUCAUGCUGCCAUCAUCGAUUUCGACCUGCAUCAUGGUGAUGGCUCACAAACCAUCGCUUGGGACCAUAAUCGGGACGCUCAAAACAUGCUACAUCCGAAAAAUGCACCCGUUCACAAGAAGACACCUAUAGGCUACUAUAGUCUACACGACAUCAACUCUUAUCCUUGCGAGUAUGGCGAUGAGGACAAGAUUCGUAACGCCAGUAUAUGUCUCCACACCGCUCAUGGACAAUCUAUCUGGAACGUUCACCUGGAGCCUUGGUCGACAUUAACCGACUUCUGGUCACUAUAUGAGUCGAAAUACAAAAUCCUUCUCGACAAAGCCUCCUCCUUUCUCGAGUAUCACUCAAAUGUACUCCGUCAAACUGGCGUUGAACCGAAAGCCGCCAUCUUCCUUUCUGCCGGCUUCGACGCAUCGCAGUGGGAAGGCGAGGGCAUGCAGCGCCAUGCAGUCAACGUGCCGACUGACUUCUAUGCCAAGAUUACUGCAGAUGUGGUAGAGUUGUCCCAGCGGCCAGAUCUGGGUGUUGAUGGUCGUGUCAUAAGCGUCUUGGAGGGUGGAUACAGCGAUCGCGCACUGACAAGUGGUGUGUUGAGCCACUUAUGCGGCUUGACAUCCAAAUCCAACCUCAAUGUGAGCGUGGUUCGUCACGAGACAAACGAGCUCGAAGCCUUCGCUCAUGAUCCAGCUUGGUGGCAUCCCGACCAGCUCGAAGCGUUAGAGGCCAUGGUUGCCGGCAAUCUCCCACAACCAACGCAGAAGUCCAAGGAUAUAUCGCCGAGCUCCUAUCUAUCGCCGACACAUGCUUCGACCGCGAGAAUGGCAGAUACUGCGAAAGAGCGAAGGUCGCUUUCUGCUCAGCUCGAAGCACGACUGGCUUUCGAGAACGCUCCACCAGAACCAGUACCCGAGGUGGACUGGGUGACUGCCGCUUAUGAAUUGUCACGCUUACUUAUUCCUGAAGACCGGCAAACCAUGAGUUGCACUCACGAUGAGCUUAAUGCAGAGAACAGUCGGGCCAGACGAGAUAGGCAAUCUCUGGCAGGCAUUCCGAAAAGUGAUCCAGUAGAAGAAUACAAGAGGAUGCAACUCCGUGAUCGAAAACCGAAGCAGGCAAUUGAUGCUGUACAACCCAGGGCGGCUUCAAGAAGCGCAAGUCGGCGAACCACGAUAGCAGGUGCAAAUGAGCUUCCGGAACCUUUGCCGCGCGAGCCCCCUAGAACUCGACGCCGUUCAAGUGCGGCCUCGAGUGUUUUGUCUGGUUUCAACCACCUCAAAAUUGACGCUAACGUAGAAUUCUCAAACGGACAGAUACCACCGAAGGCUGGCUCAGCUGCGCCACAACAUCCCGGCGCCUCCCUGCCAACAAAACGAACACGAGCUCCAGCUAGGACGUCCAAGCCAGUAUCGGCGGCAAAUAGUCCUCGAAAACCCAGGGUAGAUGUUCCUCCUUCAUCCUAUGCACGCACUCAAAGCCGUACCAUGAACGAAUUUCCACCGCCAGCAACGCUGACAUCUAGUAACGCUACUUCUGGACAGGAUAGCAAUAUGGACGAUUUGACCAAUGGCAUGAAGAAGAUUAGUAUCAAGCUCAAAAUGCCAACUAAAGAGCAACACGAUGCCAAUGCGAAAUUGUUGGAAGUUUCAGGAGGUACCAGAGGUGCAACGACACGAAAGCCACCUGUGCCUAAAACGUCGCGGGCCACAGUCGCACCUGUUACUUAUCCGGGCGCAAUGCAGCACAAUAAUCCUUCUACUCCAGCUGCUUUUGCUGCUACAAAUGCUAACGCAUACGCCGGUCACGCUUCUCAUCCAGCGCCAUCCGUUUCCGCCGGCUAUAUAUCAGCACUCCCUGCCACAAUGGCUCCUCAAUCACUGCAAUAUGCAAGUCCGCAGUCUGCCAGGACUAUGACAACAUUAGACUUCUUGACUUCGAAUGAUUUUCAACCUGGGAGAUCUUUUCACCAGGUCAGCGCCGUUCCUGAUAUGCAGAACGGUCCAAGAGACGGGAGACCAUUGCAAGAUGCACCAGAAGCCAUCUCCUAUCCGUCUAUUCAUAUGCAAAGAGCAUCGACGUCGCCUCAUGGGAGCGACGUAGUGACAGGAUCACAGCACGAAUCUCACAACAAAACUUUGAACAACUAUUAUACAGGCCAUUGA